UGUUGAUCAAGGGGUGGACCACUUCAUCGUACCCUCUGUAAACAGGCUGUAUUCCUGUUUCUAUAUUGCCUUUAUCUUUGUGCUCGCGUCCCUAGUCUUGCUACGUGGAAACUCAAGAUUUCUUAAACUUAAAGAGAUGGGGUGGUUACAGGAUUUCAAGGAAUUUUCAGACGGUACAACCGCUCAUGGAGUUAAAUACAUUUUCCAUCCUUCGGUUCAUGGAAACUUUAAGAUUGUGAAAAUCUUGUUUUUGGUGGUGUGGUUGGUCGCUAUCGCUUACUCCCUAUUUGUCAUCUACAAUGCUGUUGGAAACUACGUGGGAAAACCUACAGGAACGAAGUUUCAAGUGAUAGCAUCUGAUAGAAGCAAAGACAAGCCAUCAUCCAUAGAUUUCCCCACCAUAUCAGUGUGCAGCCACAACCUGGUAACUAAAUCGUAUUUCGACUCUAAAGAUGGUCUGGAGAGUCUGUGGACGGAGCUGGACCAGUGGGAUCCUGAUAUAGCCGAGAAACUGGACUUCAGCGAAGGAAGUGAGGCAGGAAAGUACAAGGACUGGACCUACGAGAAGAUAAUCUCAGAUGGAGGGCCCUCAAAUUGGACAUUUUUACAGUGUGAACACUUUAUCAACCUCUGCGAGGAGGUCAUUCCUGGACCUGACUUCUACGAACGGGAGGCGACCCUGACAGGGAACUGUUUCCGAAUAAACCCUAACGGCAAGCUCAGGGGUAAAGGAGGCGACUACGGGAAAUUGCAACUCAUGUUCUUUGCAGACCUCAACGAAUACAGUGAUAUGACAAAAAGGGAACCCCAGUACGGUUACACAGUCGUGUUCCACGACCACGAGAGUUACUCCAGUACUAUUCCCUCCGGUUUCUGGCUUUCUCCUGGCUCUAUCUACAAAGUAGAUCUUAGUCUUACCAAGGAGUUCCGAGAGCCCCCUCCAGCAGGAACAUGCGACCCAACACGUGUCAACAACACUUACGGGAGAUAUGAAGAGAACAGCUGUAUCGCCCAAUGUCGAGACGAUGUCCUGAUGGAGAAGUGUGGUUGUGUGCACGUGAGUCCGCCCCACCCCCACAACGUUCCAGACAAACUGUACCGGGGCUGUACUCUGCAGGAGUGGGCUACCUGCGGUCUCCGGGCCUACAAGGACUGGGUGGUUGAGUACUCGAAUGUGAAGAGGUUGCAGACAGAUUGUAACUGUCCCCCAACUUGUACAGAAAUACAGUACAAAGCUCAAAUGUCCAGUUCUCAGCUCAGCAAGUUCUAUGCAGAGGGCAAGGCAGCUCGGUUACCUCCUGGUUACGAAUCUGCACAAGACGUUCUGGAGAACCUGUUGAUCAUAGACAUCCUCUUCACCAGCAUGCAGAUCUCUGAGAUCAGAGAAAUUGUUACAUACGGCUGGGGAAACUUCCUGGGUGACGUAGGAGGAGUUCUGGGACUGUUUCUGGGAGCGUCCAUGUUUACCAUCAUAGAGUUCACUCAGUUUAUAGUGUGCGCUGUCCUGAGGAGUUGCUGUGGACUGAACGACAAAUCUCGUCAACACAGUCCGCUCACUAGCAACGAAAACUUGUAGUAAUCUGCACUUAGAUCCAGUAGAAAUUCGCAACCCUUCAACAGGAAAAACUUAAUGACCAAAAUCCAGAAAAGUCUCGAACACCAAAUUAUUUUGGACGAUGAUAAUCGCUGUAACUUACCAAUAUCUCGUAACAGUUUUAGAUAUUUUAUAGUUAAACACUCGACAGAUUGCUUACUUCAACUUGUAAGUAAGUAAGUACGUGCAAUAAAGAUAAGUAAUCAUGAUUAGUGUAACACGUGUUACUCGAGGUCGAUUUAAAGAAUUUAAAGUUUGAUAGAAUUAGCGCCAGCAGCUCGGACCGAAUAAAACCUAAAGUGGGACUGAAGCUAUCAACAUUGACCAUGCUAAUGCAUGAUAUUACAUGCAGUGUUACUUUUAAUCUGUUAGAGUAAACACUGAACGUGUAUCGUCUAUCGAAUGUAAAUAAUUCCGCACCGGGAAGAGAAUGAUUGAACUUAUUUGAUAGUAUUGAGUUGAUUUUUAUCGUGUUAAUCCGAUAUUAUAUGCUUAAAUAAUGUAAAUUCUUACUACUUUACGAAUAAUAUAUUAUAAACAAAAUAAGUUGAUCAUAUUGAGUUAUGUGGAAACAACAUUCUAUUAAUUGCGUAGUUUAACAACAUGAGUUUAUGGAUAUUAUAACAACAAUUCGAUCUUUUAUGGAGAGUCUAUUUUUAUCUGUUCGGUUAAUUCACUAGUAGUAUUAUAUUAUUAUUCAAGAGCUAAACGUUAUUUUGGCAGUGUUAAAAUGUAAAUUGUUGAGCUUUAUUUAGCCUUCAUAUCUUCAUGAUUAAAAUCGAUGUUGACAUUAGGGUAUUUCAACCCCAAACUAGCA